UGGCGCGGAGCUGGAGCGUGAUGGCGACCGGAGGCAGCGACCCUCGCGCUGGCGAUGUGGAAGAAGACGCCUCGCAGCUCGUCUUCCCCAAAGAAUUUGAAACAGCAGAAACUCUUCUAAAUUCCGAAGUCCACAUGCUUCUAGAGCAUCGAAAACAACAGAAUGAAAGUGCAGAAGAUGAACAAGAACUUUCUGAGGUUUUCAUGAAAACUUUAAAUUACACAGCACGCUUUAGUCGUUUUAAAAACAGGGAAACCAUUGCUAGUGUUCGGAGUUUGUUACUCCAGAAAAAGCUCCAUAAGUUUGAGUUGGCGUGUUUAGCAAAUCUUUGUCCUGAGACAGCAGAAGAGGCUAAGGCUCUGAUUCCAAGCCUGGAGGGUCGCUUCGAAGAUGAGGAAUUGCAACAGAUUCUUGAUGAUAUCCAGACCAAAAGGAGCUUCCAGUAUUAGUACCAGUAGCCAUUCAGUGAAGGCAGAAGAGGAAAUUUCCCAAAAUUCUUCCGCAACUGAAAAGAACUCACAUUCUUUCCAGAGACUAUACAGAAAUUUAGUCAUAAAAGCUGGUCAAGCCUCCUGUGGACAAGGCAAUGCAGAGUAGUCUUGCAUCAACAAAUAAUUCAAACUUGUGAACAGUUGUGAUUCUGAUUGACUCUGAAUAUUUGAGAUGUGGCAAAGUCCAGGAAUGCCAUUGAAUCUUAAAGGGACUUUGGGAUUAUUUCCUUUAAUGAAGGAUUUUCAUGUGAGGUAGUGGACCAGUACCUAGAUGCUCCAGUCCCUUCUCUUCAAGGGAAAUGUUUAAGGGUAAGAAUGAGGUGGGAGAAUUUAGUCAGUAAAUAUAUAUAGCAUAUUAUUCACUACCUCAUAUCACUGAAUUUGGCAAUUCAUUUAUAUUCACAUUUCUGGUUUGAAUUUCAAGCUUGUUUUGAAAUAUUAUUGACCCAGAUUAGAAUAUGUAAAAAUAGCUUGAGUAAAAAGAAACUUGUGUCUCAUAUAAAUGAUGGAAGGAAAAAAAUCAAAGUGAUGAACCUAUACCUGAAAGUUUGAAAUUCUUAAGAAACAGAAAAACUGAACACCUUGUAGUCUUGAAGCACCAUAUAGUCAAUUUGGCCAAAACUCAGAGGGAACGUCUGGCAAUCUUGGGGCAUCACUAUAUAUAAGUUCAAAAGAGCCUUGAUUUAGGAGGCCCAAUUUGGUCUCUGGUAUAUCUUCAAGGCUGUGAAGUUUUAGAGCAGGAGGAAAUUUGUGGGAUUUACUCUUUUCUUACAGCUCUGGGAAAGGGUACUCUCUGAGUUUAAGUUAGUCUGUGAUGCUGAUUUUAAAUGUCAUUGUAGGCUUGAACAUAAUGCAGGAAGGUAUUGGGGAGGACUAGAGAAUGAAACUUGAUUCUGGUUGGGUCAUCACAAUGAACUGAAUUUGGGGCAGUUUUCUUUUCUAGCCCUAAGUUUCAGUAUUGAUUUCUGAAAAGUCAUGCAAAUAUUUUUUGCAAUUGCUUCUCCCACACCCUAAAAUCUGUUACUGUAAUUUGAUCUAAUGGUGGAUUCUGUAUUGGAUGUCCAGUUAAUUGUGCAAUUCCUAAGAAGUAGAUUUACUCUAGGAAAUAAAAUUAUUUUUCAGUAAAGUCAUGAAA